AUGUCAUUCUUCCACGCACGAAUAUGCAACGAUCUGGAAAAUCUCGCAAUACCACUCGACUACGAGUUAAAUGGAAAUAGACUCGUGUUCAAGCUAGAGAUCCACACCAGAAUUUACAACGGGACAUUCAAAUUUGAACUAGAAUUCCCAAAGGAAUAUCCGUUCAAAAGUCCCAAGCUAAGCUGUAAAACAAAAGUAUUUCAUCCAAAUAUAGAUUCCGAAGGACAUGUGUGUCUGAAGGUUCUAAGGGAGGGGUGGAUGCCCACAUAUGAUUUGAAUAGCAUAAUAAUCAGUCUGCUGUGCAGCUUUGAAUAUUUAAGCGGUGAGGAUGCACUGAACACCGAGGCUGGAGAUCUUUUGGACCAGAAUUUUGAUGAGUUUGUAAGGAAAGCCAAGACUGCCAAUGGGAAUGUUUAG